AUGGAUAAAUAUAUCACUGCUCUUGUGGUUGACAAUGGCUCCAGCAUGUGCAAGGCUGGCUUUGCAGGUGAUGAUUCACCCCAGGCCAUCUUUCCAUCCAUAUUAGGGCAUCUCCAGCCCCAGUAUGUAAGGAUGGGCAUGGGCCAGGAGGACUUCUAUGUGGGUGAUGAGGCACAGAGGAAAAGAUGUAUCCUGACCCUCAAGUACCCCAUUAAGCAAGGCAUCAUCACCAACUGGGAUGACAUGGAAAAGAUCUGGCACCAUACCUUCUACAAGCUGCAUGUUGACCCAGAGUUGCACCCAGUGCUGCUGACUGAGAUCCCCCUGAACCUGAAGGCCAACCGUGAGAAGAUGACCCAGGUCAUGUUUGAGACCUUCAACAUUCCUGCCAUGUAUGUGGCUAACCAGGCUGUGCUGUCCCUGUUUGCCUCUGGUCGCACCACAGGCAUCGUCUUGGACUCUGGUUAUGAAGUCACCCACACUGUGCCCAUUUAUGAGGGCUAUGCCCUGCCCCAUGCCAUCCUGCAUCUGGGCCUGGCUGGCCGUCAUCUGACAGACUACCUGAUGAGGAUGCUUAUGGAGCGUGGCUACAGCUUCACCACCAUGGCUGAAAGGGAAUUUGUUAGUGAUAUUAAAGAAAAGUUAAGUUAUAUUGCCCUGGACUUCAAGCAGGAGAUGGCCACUGCUGUCUUGUCCACUGCUGUAGAAAAGAGCUAUGAGCUUCCUGAUGGGAAGUUCAUCUCCAUUAGCAGUGAGCAGUUCCGCUGUCCUGAAGCCCUCUUCCAGCCUUCCUUCCUGGGCAUGGAAUCCUGUGGCAUCCAUGAAGCUACCUUCAAAUCGAUCAUGAGGAGUGACGUGGACAUCCACAAGGAUCUUUUUGCCAAUGUGGUGCUGUCUGGUGGGACCACUAUGUAUGCAGGAAUCACCAAGAGACUGCAGAAGGAGAUCACAGUCCUUGCACCCAGCACAAGAAAGAUAAAUAUCAUUGCCCCCUUUAAGCACAAGUACUCUGCUUGGAAUGGUGGAUCCACACUGGCCUCACUUUCCACAUUUCUUAGUAUGUGUAUCAGUAAGGAUGAGUAUGAUGAAUUUGGCCCUUCCAUUGUGGAAAGGAAAUGUUUCUGA